GGGUCUAGAAGCUACAGCCAGGUGUCAGUGUGCCAGUUUCUAUCUAUAUGUAGAGAAAAUAAAAAAUGAUUUUUUUUUUAAAAAAAGGAUGGAAUAUGAUAAUACAGUAAGCAUAUAUGAAAUACAGAAAACAGACUACUUAAUACAAAGACAAGUAGCUGUACACAAGUUGUUGAGCUGGACAACUAUACAGAUGAGUGUUAGUCUGCUGUCCGGAUGGCUUCUCGCAACGGUCAACAACAACUGCCGAACAGGGAUCAAAUCACACAACGUUAAUGUGAUAUGCACCCUGAGACACCGCAAUAAAUCCCCCGAUUCGAACGGUCUUUCCCCCCCGCAGGCACACAAUUUCUUCACACCAGACUCUGUUGUACUCAGGUUGUAAGAAGAGGGGGGGUUGCACUGUAGCAGGGGGCUGUUAGUGAGCGGGGAGGCGCUGGUUAGUGAUGCAAGCCUCGCCCCGCCGACAAGCUUCAGCAGCCAAUCAGUGGUGCUCUUCAACGUCGCACGCCUGAAGCCCGGCGCUUAAUGUCUCGAGCCAGCCAACCAGAAGCCCAAGCAGCACUGGCACCACCCACGGCACCCACUUGUGCCCGUCCUGCGUCACCCAAUCACAGCCAGCCUACUCCCUCCAUCCCAAUCACCAAGUCGUCGAGUUGGGCGCUAACUCUUGCACAAUGCCAUCCAUCAUUACCCGCUAUAUACCAGUUUGUGCCUCACGCUGGCCGGCUACCAUGUCACCUCCUCUUAAGCUAUGUUUCGCACUUCAUAUCCAGGAGGUUUCAUCACACCGCGAUCAACUCCUUAAAGGGAUUGUCUCGUCCCCAUACUCGCCAACUUUGUCCUGAUCAUGCCUUUUACCCUUAACGGACCUAUAUUUACUCUUCUGUUGACCGCGUCUCUCUUUGGAUCCUUUGGAUUUUGCGGUUCUAUAGCAGACGAUCUUUACCACAACUACUUUGACCCGGCGCCUGCUCCCGAAGACGGCCCUGCUUUUUCGAGAGGUUCUCUGCGAGACACCAGAUAUCUUCCUAUUCAAAUCGCAGGCAUCGUCUCUGCUUACGCCGUGAGCUUGAUUAUUGUUGCACUGACGCUGCUGGCGCUGUCUGGGAAGCGCCGCGCACACUUGACUGCAACCGACGAAGACGAAGUCGACCUUGAAGAAUACCAGCUCUCGCAGCACUUUAGCAGCCCCUCAGAAUUCCCGAUAGAAAAAUUCGGCCAGCCCGGCAUCCCCAACUUUUCCCUAAAGUCGCCCUUACAGCAAGAGUUUGGCGCUGCCACCUCGUUUGAACUGCCGAAUCAACAGAUCGUACCAAGCAACGCACCAGGAAUCAACCCACACGUCGAUCAGUCGCUGGUCGAAGAAACCAAAGAAAUGUCGCAAAAGCAGUUGGAAGAAAUGUAUAAACAUGUCAUGGAGCAUGAGGAGGCAAAGGAACAGGGCAUCGUUCUAGAGAGCCCUGUUUACGCCACGACAAGCCGAUUCUCCUCUGCAAACCAGAGCCAUCUCUCUGCGGUGAGCUCCAAGCGCGAAAAGACGAAGCCGGCCAAUCUCGAUCUUACACAGCCUGUGGAAGCCAAGCCAGCAUCCAAGACAUCAUCCUUCCUUUCGGCACUGCGAUCACCGAAGAAGAAGAACAUUAAGGCUCUUCAGAUCUCGUCUCCUAUCAUGACACCUCAGACAAGCGUGUUCCCACACCAAGAAUAUCAGGAGACGAACCCGCUAUCUCCUCGCCAUUACAACCCUAGCCUUCGAUCGUCUGAUCAAGGCUCUAUUGCUGACAGCCAGCAGAAUGCUGUCGGAGUUGCUUUGCCCAUGACGCCGGACAUGUCCCCAGAAUCUGUACAAAGCAUCGAUGAGCGCCUUGGCAACCAGCCACUGUCACAACUGAAUGUGAACAACAGCCGAACUGCAUCACAAGUUCCUUCAGAAUAUGAACCUCCAUCAGCAACCUCUCAACACUCGCAGGCAGCUCUUGUUGGACUCCCAGCAUCGCCAAAGCCUGGAGCCACAUUCAACAUUCUGCCGGCAUCUCCCAGACCAGGUGCUACGUUUGCACCUCUUCCAUUAUCGCCUAAGCCUGGGGCUACCUUUCAACGCCCCAACGCACCAUCUGCGGUUCGCACUGGUGGCACCCUGCCACUACGCGCGUACGAGCCUGCCUUGGCUUCGCCCACUACCAUUGCCCAGACUACAAAGCAGACCGUCUUUGAGCGUCGCGGCCCUCUAUCUCCUGGCGGUGGUCCGCUGACAGCAAAUGCUGUGCCCUAUUCCCCUUACCAGCCGUUCACGCCAUGCAUGCCCAUCACACCGUCUCUGGUUACCAAAGAAGACAGGAAACGAAUGAAGAGGAUGGUUCCCAAGACACCCACGCUGCAAAUGGUCCAGAGCUCAGACGAGAUGUGGUAAUGGUCUAAUGAGGAUCUCACCUGAGUUUUCAAGUUGGCAUGAUCUUCUCAUUUUAUCGUUUCUUGUAUAGCUGGACGUCGUUUUGACUUUCGGCUGUAGCGCAUAGAUACCACCUUCGUUCCGCCAGCAGAUCUGCUCGAUGGACAGGUAAAUCAUCAUGUCACCGUGAUCGUACAAGUUUUAGUUUCUUUUUAUGGGAGGCGGCAUUAGUAUACUUUCGGUUGGGAGCGGCUAUUUUCAGUUGAGUCUCCGUUGUCUCCUAUGUAGCAUCAUUUUUUUUUGUAUUUUGGAGGUAUGGAGAGAAGUUUCAGGAAGGCGGAAAUCAGGCAGAAAGGCUCACUCUAGUUGAGCCGCAACCAAUGACAAUGCCCAAUUAACAAAACAAUACAGUCAUACUUCCCAACAAGAGCGUUGUAAUUUGCUCGGGGCCACCCCAAUGGUGACACGCUGAUCCAGUAUCAUUCGACCCAGCUUGGCAACACGGCGUCUUCCCAUUGGCUUCCCUUUCAACCGACGGAAGGGUGUAGGUUUCCACUGGAAAAAAGGCUGUCACCCGGAAGCAUCCGUGGGCGAUCGCUGGACGACGUAAGUCUUGAGAAGGACCGUUUAGAAUUGGUAGGAUAAGGGAGCGACUCGUGCCAUGACGGGCCGCCAAGCCUAAGCUAACGUAGGAAAAGGGCGCUGUCUGCUAAAUACAGCGGCCACGACGCCUACAAAGUUUGCGCCGAGACGCUACCGGCUAUCGGCGAGUCUUGGGAAAGCGAAAAGUUCAAAAGCCGCUGCGUCAUAGGGACGACGAGAAAGAAUAGGGCUGAGCAGGGAAUCGAUGCUCGGGGAUAAUCGCACGCGGUAUUAUUGGCUAUUUUCUAUUCUAUUUUUCUUCUCCGUGACAAGGGCAGACAGAAUUAUGGGCGUGGACGGUACAUCAGUAGUGGGCAAGGUGGUACUGUAGUGCGCCCGUAGCGCAGUGUGGUGUGUGCUGUGCGCCAUCUACAGCACUGUAAAACCGCCCCUCUACAACGGUACAGGGGCUGGCAAAGCGAAUGCGGGCGUCGCAGAGUAGCUAUUAUUC